AUGGCGGUCCGCGUACUUUGGUUGGUUACCGCGCUGGUGCCGCUUUCAGGAGUAAAGACGAGUCCGCAAGAUGACCUUUAUGCAAGGGGAGAUAUCGAAGAAAACAAUAUAAAUCCCAGUCGGUGGCCGCCGACGGAAUACUGGCCAACGAGAGGUUUAUCGAACCGACCAGACUUACCAACGGUCCAACCCUCAUCUCCGUAUUCUCAACAACAAGCAUCCUAUCCUUCACAACCAUCCUAUCCUCCACAACCAUCCUAUCCUCCACAACCAUCCUAUCCUCCACCGCCAUCCUAUUCACAAUCACAACAAUCCUAUUCCCAACCAACUUAUCCUCGCAAUAACUUUGCCGUUUACGAUCCCGUUACUCAUCAACGAGUGCCACCUAAUGAAAUUACACGGAAUUGUACUGCGCCCGGGUGCUGUGUUCCUAAAUGUUUUGCUGAAAAAGGAAACAGGGGAUUUCCUGGACAUCAAGGGUCACCGGGAAUGAGAGGUCUUCCAGGACACGAAGGUGCUGAAGGUCCACAAGGUCCAAAAGGACAAAAAGGUCAAGUAGGACCACAAGGUCCACGAGGCCCUAAAGGUGAAAGGGGAAAACCUGGUGCUCAAGGAUUUGUUGGUUUAUCUGGACCACCAGGUCCUCAAGGAGAUUCCGGAGCACCCGGAAUCCCAGGAAGAGAUGGUUGUAAUGGAACCGAUGGAGAUCCUGGUAUAAUGGGGUCUAAAGGAUUACAAGGACCUCGUGGAAUACCGGGACCGAAAGGAGACAAGGGUGACAAAGGUCAAGCUGCUCAUAUGGGGAGGUACCCGAAAGGGCAAAAAGGAGAACCAGGUGCUGAUGGUAUGCAAGGACCUCAAGGACCAGUUGGAUUAACUGGUUCUCCUGGACUUGCAGGACCUAAGGGAAAUACGGGACCUAUGGGCCCACUUGGUCUAAGGGGAGAUAAAGGAUCGAAAGGGUCAAAAGGCCAAUCGAUACAAGGAGACAAAGGUGACAGAGGAGAUAGAGGUGAUAGAGGUCCUGGCUGCCCGCCAGCACCAUUAGUUUCUGUUGACAACAAGGGCGCUAUUAAGGGUGUCAAAGGAGAUAGUGGGACUAAGGGUGAUAAAGGGGAACCUGGAAGAAUGGGAGAGAAAGGAGAUACCGGUCUCAUGGGUGAACCAGGGUUGUCGGGACAAAUGGGUAUUAAAGGAGAAAAGGGUAUAAGAGGAAAUCCAGGAGAGAGAGGUCGUGAUGGUAUGUUCGGUCCUUCAGGCCCAAUGGGGCAGAAAGGCGACCAAGGCAACGAUGGAUUGCCGGGUCUACCAGGCCGGCCUGGAUCUAAAGGAGAACCUGGAAGGGAUGGGCAACCUGGUUUAAGGGGGUUAAAAGGUAUUCCUGGUCCAGCUGGUGGAAGGACUGGAUCCCGUGGCCCCCCUGGUCCUACUGGACCAAGAGGAUACAUGGGACCUGCGGGUGCUCCGGGAACUGAUGGAAGGCCGGGAGAAAGAGGUUUGUCAGGCCCUAUGGGACCUCCAGGGGGACAAGGUGAACCAGGUACACCUGGUAUAGAAGGGCCUGCCGGCCACAAAGGUGAUAAAGGAGAACCCGGUCUAGAUGGUUUGCAGGGUGAAACAGGCCCAAAGGGUUAUGAUGGCCCCAUUGGACCCACUGGACCACGUGGUCCUAAAGGAGAGGAUGGCUAUUCAAUUCCUGGUGAAAGAGGAAAUCCUGGAGUGCCAGGAUUACCUGGAGAAAGAGGUCAAAAAGGUGAACAUGGUUAUCAAGGCCUAAGAGGUGUUCCGGGAAAUUCUACUUUAGGUACACCUGGCAGCCCAGGAGAAAUGGGAAUGCCAGGUGAAAAGGGUGAAAGAGGUCGUCCAGGCUUUGACGGACUACCUGGUAAUCCUGGUGAAAAGGGUAAUAUCGGUGGGCGAUGUAAUGAAUGCUGGCCGGGUGGUCCAGGACAGAAGGGUGAUCAUGGAUCUGAUGGUAUUCCUGGAGAAAGGGGUGAAAGAGGUCCUUCUGGUCCAGCUGGUUUGACCGGUGAACGAGGCUCUGAUGGACUUAAUGGAUUACCAGGCUCAGUUGGAGCUCCAGGUGAUAGAGGAGACGAGGGCCCCAUGGGGCCACCUGGAGAAAGUGGAGCUGAUGCAAUUAUACCUUCUAAUUUAGUAAAAGGACCUCCAGGAGAAAGAGGUCUUCAAGGAGAAAAAGGGCUAAUGGGACCAAAGGGCGAUAGAGGAGUCAUGGGACCUAAAGGGGACCGUGGAUUAAAUGGAAUGCCAGGGUUUAAGGGCGAUCAGGGUAGAAUGGGAUCGCCUGGUGUUGAUGGUAUAUCUGGUAGUGAUGGAUCGCCAGGAAUUCCAGGAAACAAAGGAAUGUCGAUUAAAGGAGAAAAAGGAGAGCUUGGAUCUCAAGGAUUCAAAGGUGAUAAAGGUAUAUCAGGAAGAGGUGGUUUAAAGGGUGAACCUGGACAGUGUCCAAACUACUUGCAAUUAUUGACAAAAGGUGAAAAGGGUAAUCAAGGUGCACCAGGUCCUCAGGGCCCACAAGGAAUGCCCGGAGAAAAGGGUGACAGAGGUUUCACAGGAAAGACAGGAGACAAAGGUCAAAAAGGAUUAACCGGACGUACUGGUCCUGUUGGUCCUCGAGGUUACCCAGGACUUAAAGGAGAUAAAGGAGACUUAGGCUCAAUGGGUUUUCCUGGUACCCCUGGUGACACAGGGUCAAGAGGAUUUCCAGGUCUUCCUGGUUUAAAGGGAGAUAAAGGUGAAAUUGGACCGUCAAUGCCGGGACCUCCUGGGCCAACUGGAUUUUUGGGUAAAAAAGGAGACAGUGGACCCAGGGGUAUACCUGGUACACCUGGUAAGGAUGGGCCUAUGGGACCAGUGGGUUUGACAGGUGAAAAGGGGGAUAGAGGUUUUGCUGGUUCCCCUGGGUUUCCGGGACCUGUAGGCUUAAAAGGAGAACCAGGUCCGGUUGGACCCCCGGGAGUUCCGGGAAUACCAGGUACACCAGGAAGAGAUGGGCCAAAGGGUCAGCAAGGUUUUCCAGGUAAACCAGGAAAUCCAGGUGUUAUAGGACUACCUGGUCAAAAAGGUGAUAGAGGCAUCCAAGGAAUAGAAGGUCCUAAAGGAUUCCCAGGUCCACGAGGUCGCCCAGGACUAAAAGGUGCUACGGGAUACGAUGGUAGUCCUGGAGAUAAAGGUGAUAAGGGUGAAUUAGGGUUUCCAGGUAUUCCUGGAGAACCAGGUUUGCCUGGACCAAUAGGACCUGUUGGAAUAGAAGGACCAAAGGGAGAUCAAGGUUUUCAAGGACCCCCAGGGCUACCGGGAAGAACUGGAAUUACGGGUGAGAAAGGCGAUAGAGGUUUCCCCGGACCAUUAGGACAAAAAGGGGAACCAGGUAGAGCCGCAGAAAAGGGAGAAAGAGGUUUUCCAGGUAUUCCAGGUGUAAGAGGAUUAGACGGACAACCUGGUCAAGAUGGACAAAAAGGAGAUAAGGGAGAUAUUGGAGUUCCUGGAAUAGGUAUUCCAGGACUUUCGGGGGAAAAGGGCGAUAUAGGUUUUCCUGGAAACCCUGGAGUUGCUGGUGAACCAGGCGAAAAAGGUAACCGCGGUAUGCCCGGCAGAAACGGUCUUAAAGGAGAUAGGGGACCAGUUGGAGAUUCAGGUUUACCUGGUCGACCGGGAUUAGAUGGAUUACCUGGACCAGCGGGUGACGCUGGUCUACCUGGUUUACCAGGUGAUAAAGGAGGAAAGGGAGAAAGAGGUUUUCCUGGUAGAGAUGGAUUUGAUGGUCAAAAAGGAGAUCUAGGGCCAUUCGGACCGCCAGGCUUAGUAGGAGACAAAGGAUACCCUGGUCUAAAGGGAGACAGGGGACUUCCCGGACCAUCACUUAACGUAAAAGGAGACAAAGGAGAUAUAGGGCCUCCAGGACUACGUGGUCCAACAGGGCAGAAAGGUGAAACUGGACGAGAUGGACUGCAAGGUCAACAUGGUGAAAAGGGAGACCGAGGAUUCACUGGUGAAAGAGGAGAUUAUGGUCAAACUGGUGCCAGAGGUGAAAAAGGUAACACUGGACCAGCUGGACCAGGUGGCAUAUCUGGCCGAACUAUUAAAGGAGAAAAAGGCUUGCCAGGUAUUCCAGGUAAACAUGGGGGGCGUGGCUUGCCAGGUGCAACCGGAGAAAUGGGAGAGCGCGGAUUACCCGGAUUACCGGGGCAAACAGGACGUCCUGGAACGCCAGGACAACCUGGCCCACAAGGGGAGAAAGGAGAUCAAGGUCGUGAAGGUGUUGAAGGGCCGCCAGGAUAUGAUGGAACUCCUGGUUCAAUGGGUCCUCCGGGUCUGAUCGGUGAAAAGGGAGAAAAGGGAGACAAAGGUGCGAUUGGAUUUGGUGCACAAGGAGAAAAAGGUAACCAAGGAGUUCCUGGUCUACCUGGCUUACAAGGAGAAAGAGGAGAAAAAGGAGAUCGAGGGUUCGACGGGCUAAAUGGUCAACCAGGACCAAUGGGAGAAGUAGGUGAUAAGGGUGAAAUAGGUUUCCAAGGUAGCAUAGGUGUACCAGGCGUGGAAGGUGUUAAGGGUGACAAAGGUGAUGCAGCUAUAGUUGUAUAUGGAGCAAAGGGAGAACCUGGACCUAGGGGACCACCUGGAUUUAACGGUGCUCCUGGUCAGGAUGGUAUUCCUGGAACGAGAGGAUUGGACGGUCUACCAGGUGAGAAAGGAAAUCAAGGAUUCCCAGGCCCUUACGGACCACAAGGCCCUCCUGGAGUACAAGGCUUACAAGGGUUCCAAGGUGAAAGAGGUGAAGCAGGUCGCAUUGGAUUCCCGGGUGCACCAGGACUUCCUGGCGCUCCUUGCCAAAAUAGAGAUUACCUAACGGGAAUUCUUUUAGUAAAACAUAGUCAGACUGAAAUAGUGCCAGAAUGUGAACAGGGUCACGUUAAGCUAUGGGAUGGAUAUUCUCUACUCUAUAUUGAUGGAAACGAAAAAGCGCACAAUCAAGAUUUGGGCCACGCCGGUUCCUGCGUCCGCAAAUUCAGUACAAUGCCAUUCCUAUUCUGUAAUCUCAAUGACGUGUGUAAUUAUGCAAGUAGAAAUGAUCGAAGCUACUGGCUUUCAACUAACAACCCCAUACCUAUGAUGCCAGUAGAAAAUAAUGAAAUUAAGAAACAUAUAUCAAGAUGUGUCGUAUGCGAAGUUCCCGCUAAUAUUAUAGCAGUUCACAGUCAAACACUAGAUAUACCCAGUUGCCCGGUUGAUUGGACAUCUCUGUGGAUAGGAUACAGUUUCGUUAUGCAUACCGGUGCGGGAGGUAAUGGAGGCGGACAAGCACUUGCAAGUCCGGGGUCCUGUCUUGAAGACUUCCGAGCCACACCAUUCAUAGAAUGUAACGGUGAAGCAGGCACUUGCCAUCACUUCGCCAAUGAACUCAGUUUUUGGAUGACAACUAUCGAAGACAAUAAACAGUUCGACAUGCCCGAACGAGAGACAUUAAAAGCAGGUCGUUUACUCCAACGAGUUUCUAGAUGCGCAGUUUGUAUUAAAAACACGUAG